CUGGGCCCUGGGAGUGGCAUGGGUGAAGUCUGUCUGGGGCUGGAGGCCACAGCAGGCCCACCUUCCUGGUGCGAGAUGCAAAUGAUGGGAACAAUAGGGCCCCUGUCCCCAGGCCAUUUGUGGCAGAGCCUUUGCUCCAGGGAGCCAUAGUUCCUUCACCUCAGCCAUGGACAAGCUCAGUGGGAGCAAGCCCCGGUUGGGGCCACCCCUUCCACCCCCUAGAGGUGUAGACUCCCCAGCUUGGAGAAAGGAUGCCCCCCACUCAUGUCCUCUGCCUGGCCCAGGGACCUGGAGAUGCAACCAUCCCUUCUGGAAAGCCCAAGAAGAGGAGGAAGAGGAGGAGGAUAAAUAUGAGUUGCCCCCCUGUGAGGCUCUGCCCCUCAGUCUGGCCCCUGCCCACCUUCCUGGUGUGGAAGAGGACUCUUUGUACUUGGAUCACCCCCUGAGCCCAUCCAAGUCACCACCACCGCAGCCUGAGCCCGAGAUGCUGAAGGCAGCACUGAGCCUGCAGGAGGCCGUGAAGCAGGGCUGGCCCGUGGGGAGGAGAGAGCUGGGCGCACCGGCCAGAGUGGUGCCAGGCCCUCCAAAGAAACCUGAUGAGGACGUCUACCUGGAGUGUGAGCCCAAUGCAGUCUCAGCCUUGACUCAGACUCUGAGCUCCCAAGUCCUGACGCCCCCAGUCCCUCUACCUAGGACAUCAGUGGUGCCCAGGCCCACUCCAGCCCCCCAGGAAGCUCGGAAUGGAGCAGCGAAUGCCGCCUCUAAAGGCUCUGCAGCAAAGCAGGAAACUCCCAGCCUGUACCUGGAGAUCAUCCCUCAUUCAGAGGUCACGUGUGGCCUAGCUGGAAGGAGAGCCUCUCUUUCCUCUGUAGCCCCCACCUGGAGCACCUCAGCUGCUGAGACUCAGUCUGGGGAAGGCGGACAUGAACACAGAUCACUGCAACCGGGGUUGUGUGCUCCCAGCCCCCCGCCAUGCCCUGGCACAUCUCCGAGCAGCUGUGGGGUAUUCCAGGACGGCAGCCUGCUGGGUCAGCCUUGGUACUCGGGGAACUGUGACCGUCAUGCUGUUGAGAGUGCCCUGCUCCGAUUCCAAAAGGACGGGGCCUACACCGUGCGCCCCAGCUCAGGGCCUCAUGGCUCCCAGCCCUUCACCCUGGCAGUGCUUCUCCACGGUCGGGUCUUCAACAUUCCCAUCCGGCAGCUGGAUGGUGGGCGCCACUAUGCCCUGGGCCGGGAGGGCAAGAACCACGAGGAGGUGCAGUCACAGGAAGGCUGCCUGAGGCCUGGAACUGGGCAGCAGAAUGGCAGUGGAGCUUCGUGGGGCAAACAGGAAGGGAAAUAUUUAGGAAAAUGUCAACGAGCCCCCUCGCCGAGCCCACAGUUCCCUCAGGAAGCUUCUCCGGGCACGAGGCUCAAGGGACUCACUGACGCCCUGCCUCCCUGUCCAGCUCUUCUCCUCUGUGGCCGCCAUUAUCCAGCACUACAUGCAGCAGCCCCUGCCCCUCGUGGACAGACACAGCGGCAGCCGGCAGCUCACCUGCCUGCUCUUCCCCACCAAGCCCUGACACCACAGCGGAAGUACACACCCACCUCUGGCCCCAUAGUUUGCUCCUUGUCCCGUUUACCUUGGGCUGUCUCCCAGGUCUCCACCCCUCCAGGCCCUCCCUGUCCCUUGCCCCAGUCCCUGCAGGCCCUGAUGAGAGGCAUCGGGAAAGGUUGCCCAGAAACAGAAAGGGCCUCGGAGAUCCCACCCCAUGUUCACCCCGAGCCUGGCAGUGCCACUCGCUGCUGCAUCUCCAAGGCUGGGGAGCAGGGGUCAGGCAGGGCCCCCAUUCCCAGCCCCCAGGAAUGGCUGUGUCUGCCCAUUUACUAGGGCCUCCCAAGCUGCUCUGGAUGAAGUCCUCUUCCGGGAAGCUGAGCCUCAGGGGAACAGCACAGGCACUGCUUGGACACAAAGAGAAUCCUCUCGCAUCCUCUUGGUAGCAUAACACACAGCUAGCAUCUGGGAAGGACUUGGUCGCCCUGCACAAAGUUCGCUUUCAAUAAAUAUUUGUUGACUGAA